AGUGGCAAUGAAUGGACAGACGCGUUCGAUGCUCUGAUUCGGGAUCGUGAAGGUCGCUUGCAGUUCACUAAAUUCCUCGAAAGCGAAUAUAGCGAAGAAAACAUUUUGUGGGCAGUAGAGGAGCUACAUGCGGUGGAUCCGAGUGAUGUACAUUUGCUGGACACUGUCCAUGAGAUUUACAGUAAAUUCGUAGCGGCUGAUUCUUCGUUGGCGAUAAACAUAGACCACGACACGAGAGCCGAAAUCCUGGAGCACAUCGAGCGUCCAUCACGAAACAAUGCAAACGUCUUGCACAUAUUCGAUAAAGCGCAGGCACACGUGUACAGGUGGGAGUUUCGGCAUUCUUUGGGUUCGUUGUGUAACACAUCUUCCUCGUGA